UUUGCAGCCUUCUUCUCUGUCUCGCUCUUCCACAGUCCACACACACUGUGUACUACAAGAAAAGUACCCUUUUACGGCACAUUAUAUUUACGGGUCGACAGCUACAUAUGUUCCUCCUGAAUCAGUUGAUCCGAGGAUCCUCUCAUCUUUCAUACCUUCUCCUGAGAAUCCAAGUUUUCUUGCUGAAAAGCCAUACGGUAUACGGACACCUACCAAAUUAGCAAGUUCAAUAGUACAGAAUUCGGUGUUUCUCACCUUUUGGUAAUUGCUCAGUUAUCGGUAAUAUGAUUUCUCUUCGUGGACAUUGCUGCAGAAAUAGUUGCACGCUCAAAAACCUCAAUAGCAAGCACUUUUGUGAAAACCCUUUUCAUCAAUACUUGUCCAACCUGAAGAGCAUGGAUGCUCAUUCAUAUAGUUUGAAUCCCAUUAAUAGUACUCUGAGGCCAAUACACUAUUUGACUCAACCCCACUUUGAUAUAGUACCCAAAGUUGCUUCCAGUGGAUUUCUUGGUAUAUACGAGCGAUUUUCAUUGCAUAAGUUUUACUCAUCACCAUCUCGAUCUUUUAGAAGGAGAGAAAAUAAAAGAUUAGAAUCCAGUAGAAAACCAACCCUUAAUGAAGCCCAAUUUCAAUGGUCUGUAUCCCAGUUGUUGCCUAGAUUUACACCUGAAGAACUGUGCGAUGUUAUAACUAAGCAAGAUGAUCCUCUUGUGUGUUUAGAGUUGUUCAAUUGGGCAUCGCAACAGUCGCGGUUCAAACAUGAUGUUAAAAGCUAUCACAUUACAAUAAAGAAACUUGGUGUAGCUAAGAUGUACGAAGAAAUGGAUGACAUUGUCAACCAAGUGCUUGCUAUCUCUCACAUGGGUUCUGAGGCGCUUUUCAAUUCCAUUAUCUACUUUUUCACAGAAGCUCGGAAGUUGACUAGAGCUGUCAAUAUAUUUAAACACAUGAAGAAUAGUAGAAACAUGGACUAUAGGCCUUCUGUUAGGACAUACAAUAUUCUGUUUACUGCCUUUUUGAGUAGGGGAUGUAAUACCUACAUAAAUCACAUGUAUAUGGAAACCAUAAGAUGUCUGUUUAGGCAAAUGGUGAAUGAUGGGAUUGAACCCGAUAUUUAUACUUUGAAUUCAAUGAUUAAGGGGUAUGUUCUUUCCCUUCAUGCGAAUGAUGCACUUAGAGUAUUCCAUCAGAUGGGUGUGGUCUAUAACUGCCUGCCAAACACAUUUUCCUAUGAUUAUCUCAUCCAUGGAUUAUGUGCUCAAGGCCGAACAACCAAUGCUAAGCAGUUGUGCAACGAAAUGAAGACUAAAGGGUUUAUCCCGAGUAGUAAAUCCUACAACUCGCUUGUGAAUGCUUUGGCUCUUUGUGGAGAGAUUGAGGAGGCAGUGAAGUAUUUGUGGGAGAUGAUUGAGAAGCGAAGGUCAACUGAAUUCAUUACUUAUAAGACAGUACUUGAUGAAAUGUGCAGACAAGGACGGGUUGGACAAGCAAUGAAGUUGCUAAAAGAAUUUCAAAAGAAAGACAUUCUGAGUGGGCAUGCUUACAGGAAGCUCCGAUAUGUGCUUGAAGAUGACUAUGGAGAUUCUGUCUCCCAUACUCGAUUGAGAUAAACAGAGUCUAAAAAUCACACAGUUUUUUAUAGCUGAAGUUAGCCAAUGCAUCAUUAGAUAUAGUUUGAUGAUCACAGAAAGGGUUGCGAUUUGGUUGAAAAUCAUUCUUAGGCAAUAAUACAGCUUAGCCCACCAAAACACAAUGCUGUUAACAAAUCAGCACAGCUCUUGCUGCCAAGCAUGUAUUCAGCCGCCCCUCUUCCACUGGCACAUGCUCAUGUGGCAUCAUCAUCAGGUGUUUUAGGAGCACCACCAGACCUCUGUUCGACUCCAUGGACUCACCGGUCAGUGUACCCAACAUUCAAUCUGGGAGAAGGCGAAAAAUGAUGCAAUGAAGAAGGUGGCAUGUGUGGCUGAGCUUCUGGUCGAAGCAGUGAAUGGUGGGGUGAAGGAGUUGUUUAUAAACGAGAAGCGAAUUGAGCUUGAAAUCCAAGCAUUGGUUGCCAC